GCAACGGUGUUUUUUCUCCCCAGGAAUUCAUCCAAGAUGGUGGCCGCCUCUUUGCGAACCCCCAAGGCAAUUACCAGGGGCAGAACUACUACGGAGGAGGUGUACCUGCCGAGGGCCUCAGUGCCAUGAACUCUCGGACCUCUUCCGGGAUCUUCGACUUUGACACUUUCUGGAAGAAUUUGAAGUCCAAACUGGGUUUCAUUAACUGGGAUGCCAUCAACAAGGGCCAGGGGCCGGCCCCCAGCACCCGAGCGCUCCUCUACUUCAGCCGCCUCUGGGAGGAUUUCAAACACAACACGCCUUUCCUGAACUGGAAAGCCAUCGUGCAGGGCGCAGAGGCCCCAUCUGUCCGGAAGAGGGCCAGCAGGGCUGCCCAGAACUACAACUACUACCCGCAGCCUUACCCCACUGCCCCGGGGGCGCAGUACCCGUACCCGUACCCGAACAACAACGUCCCUGCCAAGGAGGUCAACACGGUCAGCAACUAUGCCUCAGGCCCCGAGGCCUAUAAUGCUCAGUUCUUGAACAUCGAUAAGUUGCGAUCUGCCUUUAAGACUGACGAGUUCCUGAACUGGCACGCCCUCUUUGAGAUUCAGAGGAAGAAACAGCCCAGCUAA